UUGUUCAAAAAAGUAUCAGGAGUUGUCAGGCUCUCCUCUCUCUCUUCACUGCAAAGUGCCCAGUUGUUGGUUUCUAUAACUUGCAAAGAGUAACGAAAAUAUUAAGAAAUUCCACGCUCGUUCCUUCACUUUUUGGUUUUGUUGACGGACCGAGACGAGAAAAGUUUUUUUAAACCAACGCCAACCCCCUCCCCCUCUGAAAAAAAGACAUUGAAAACAAAAGCUCUCAGAACAUCAGGUUGAAUGUACAACAUGAUGGAAACCGAUCUCAAACCGCCCGCCCCACAACAAACUUCGGGGGGAACGGGCAACUCCAACUCGGCGGGAAACAACGCGAAAAACAGUCCCGACAGGGUCAAGAGACCAAUGAACGCGUUUAUGGUCUGGUCCAGGGGCCAGCGGCGGAAAAUGGCCCAAGAAAACCCCAAAAUGCACAAUUCGGAGAUCAGCAAGAGGCUCGGGGCGGAGUGGAAACUUUUAUCCGAGGCCGAGAAGAGGCCGUUCAUCGACGAGGCGAAGCGGCUGCGAGCCCUGCACAUGAAGGAGCACCCGGAUUAUAAAUACCGGCCCCGGAGGAAAACCAAGACCUUGAUGAAAAAGGACAAGUACACUCUGCCAGGCGGCCUGCUGGCGCCCGGCGCCAAUGCCAUGAACGCCGGCGUCGGUGUCGGCGUCGGUGCUGGAGUCAACCAGAGGAUGGACGGUUACGCGCACAUGAACGGCUGGACGAACGGGGGCUACAGCAUGAUGCAGGAACAGCUCGGCUACUCCCAGCACCAGGGCCUGAACGCUCACAACGUGGCCCAGAUGCAGCAGAUGCACCGCUACGAUAUGAGCGCGCUGCAGUACAACUCAAUGACCAGCGCUCAGACCUACAUGAACGGCUCGCCCACCUACAGCAUGUCCCCAGCCUACACGCAGCAAGGCACAGAUCAACCUACCCCGAGCGAAGAGGGACUCUAUCAACCGUGUCAAGCGCGUCUUUGCCGGACAGGGUCAGACAGCUUUGGUCAAAUUAAUUAUUGAUAAAAACCUACAGACGCAAUCGUGGUCAGACUUUUCUAAAGAAAGCUUGAUGUCCCACCCACAUGAUCUUUAUCGCAAUGUAAUAUGCUUAUAUGAAUGCAAACAUAGCAUUAAAUACAAAAUAAAGUGCAUUUCA